GAGGGUGCUGCUGCCCCGCCGCCGCCACAGCCGGCGGGCAUCAUGGCAUCGCUGGCCGACCGGGUCCGGGGCAACGGGCGCAUCGCCGCGGGGCUCCUGUUCAACUUGCUGGUGUCCAUCUGCAUCGUGUUCCUCAACAAAUGGAUCUACGUACACCACGGCUUCCCCAAUAUGAGCCUGACCCUGGUGCACUUCGUGGUCACCUGGCUGGGCUUAUACAUCUGCCAGAAACUGGACAUCUUUGCCCCCAAAAGUCUGCCGCUCUCCAAGCUCCUCCUCCUGGCCCUCAGCUUCUGUGGCUUUGUGGUCUUCACCAACCUCUCUCUACAGAACAACACCAUAGGCACCUAUCAGCUGGCCAAGGCCAUGACCACGCCGGUGAUCAUAGCCAUCCAGACCUUCUGGUACCAAAAGAGCUUCUCCGUCAGAAUACAGCUCACGCUGAUCCCUAUAACUGUAGGUGUCAUCCUAAAUUCUUAUUACGAUGUGAAGUUUCAUUCCCUUGGAAUGGUGUUCGCUGCCCUUGGUGUGUUAGUCACAUCCCUUUAUCAAGUGAUGGUCUUAGGAGGCCCCUGUGAAAGAGCUGUUUGUCCCCCCAAAGAGGUUGUGACUGAUGCAUUGAAAACCAUUGAGUUAGUGGAACUGUUUGGAAAGGAUUAUUUAGAGCAGCAGCAGCAGCAGCAGCAGCAGCACCUGGAUACGAAUCUGCCGCGCUACCAUUGCGCCGAGAGACGGUCGCGCUCUGAGUCGGGAGCCGCCGUCGCUCGAGCUCCGGAGCGAAAUGGUCGCCCAGGCCCAGGCCCAGGCCCAGGCCCCGAGCCAGGCCGCGGGGCCUCCGCGUGUCCCGUGAAGUCGGGUCGGGUCGGGUCGGGCGGGAGCCACGCGGGGGAGACGAAGCAGCUGGGGUGCCGGCGGCGAGCGGGAGACGGGGACACCUGUGGCCUCCCCGACGACGACGGCGACGGCCCCUCUCCGGCCUGCAAUCCAGGUAAGGAACAGCUCGCCUCGGGUCGUUGUUGUUUUUUUGAUUUUCGAAAGCCACUGUGA